ACGAAACUGCGUCCCAACUCAAGUGCUGAAUAAAUAGGAGGUGCAAGGGUCGGCUGCUACACAGUUGAUCCCACAGCGCCAUUCCCAUCCCGACUUUGAAUUUUUUUGAAACCGCCCGCUGCAUACGACGGGUCUCUCCUCUGCUGAACCAGAAUGGAGCGGCACAACCAUGGGCAGUGAAGAGCUCGUGCCGUUCAUCGUCUCCGAUCUGCAGUCGUCGUCGGCAAAACGCGUCGAAUCCACAGGGAGCGCUUGGAGUACAACUGAUGACCCACUGUUCGUCUUCUACGGCGAUGGAGAGGGCGAUGCGAUCCAGCAGGAAGAGCCUCGGGCGGUUCCUCAUAACCAAGAGCUGGAUCAGAAAGCUGACCGAGUUCCAGCAGAAGAAGGAUUCAGUGAUUACGAUCCAGCAAUCCCUGACCAGUCCACACACAGCAAUGGUGGCUCCGCCGUGGUGUCUGCGUCCGGAGUAGUUGACACCAGCGGAGAGGAUGGUCCUGACGAUGAGAAGGAGGUUAGCAGCCAGCCCACUAAACGGCGGCGUACAGUCGAAUAAAACGUCUAGUAUACUAGGGAUGUUUAAGUGCGAGCUUAGACUUUUCUGCUUUCGCAUGCAUCGCCGUCGCAAGGCCAUGUGGCGCACUUGAUUGUCUGUGUGUGUGUGUUCUAUGCUUUCCUUGUGGAUUAUGAGUUGAUGUCCACGUCUAGUGUAUGCCGCUGUCACUUGAAU